UCACAGAGCAGGAAGGACAGCAGAGCUCACACAGCGGCUGCAGUGCCUGUGAGCCUUUCUGGAGCAGAAGUUCUCCUCACAGACAGAGAGAGGCAGCAGACAGCAGGCACCAUGGAGCCCCCCUCCGGCCCUUCCCGCAGAGGGUGUGUCCCCUGGAGCAGGCUCCUGCUGGCAGUCUCACUCUUAACUUACUGGCCCCUGCCGACAACUGCCCAGCUCACUAUUGAAGUGGUGCCCCCACUUGCUGCAGAAGGAUCGGAUGUUCUUCUACUUGCCCACAACGUGACAGAGAAAACUCUACGCUAUUCCUGGUACAGAGGAGAAAGGGUAGAAACCAUCCAGCUAAUUGCAUCAUAUGGAGUAGCCACUAACGUAACUGCCAAAGGGUCUGCCCACAGCGGUCGGGAGACACUUUACCCCAAUGGAACCCUGCUGAUCCAGAACAUCACCCAGAAAGACACAGGAUCCUACACCCUGCUCAUUUCAAAGAAUGAUUUACAGACAGAAAGACAGACUGGAGACCUCCAUGUACACCACCCACUGGCACGGCCCUCCCUCCAAGCCAGCAACACCACAGUAGCAGAACAUGAGGGUCCCGUGGUCCUGACCUGCCUCACAGAUGAGACUGGGGUCUCCAUACGCUGGUUCUUCAAAGGCCAGAGUCUCCUCCUCACAAGGGGGAUGACACUGUCCCUGUACAAUAGCACCCUCACCAUAGACCCCGUCAGCAGAAAAGACAACGGGGAUUAUCAGUGUGAGGUCUCCAACAGGGGCAACUCCAGCAAAAGUGACCCCCUCAGGCUGCAUGUGAAAUAUAAGCCGACACCCGAAAGUUCCUCUGACCUCACAGCUGGUGCCAUUGUCGGCAUCGUGAUUGGAGCUGUGGCGGGGGUAGCUCUGAUAGCAGCCCUAGUGUAUUUUCUGUACAUCAGAGGAACUAGAUGGUCAAGUCACUCUGACAGUUCACCUGAAAAGCUAAGACGCCUUCUUGAGAAGCAGGAGCGCCCUGAAGGGAACUCGGCCCCUUGCGCUGUUAGCAUUGUUUACAGCCCAGGAGACCGCACUGUGGCCACGGCGGUGAGGUUGCAAGUCAUACGUGGACUCAGCAACACAGACUUCCACUCACCAAGGCUGACCUGGCUACAGCCACCGCUGAGGGCCCAGUCUGUCAGCCCCGAGACCCGCCGGGCCUCAGCCUUUCUGGAGCAGAAGUUCUCCUCACAGACAGAGAGAGAGAGGCAGCAGACAGCAGGCACCAUGGAGCCCCCCUCAGGCCCUGCCCGCAGAAGGUGCGCCCCCUGCAACAGGGUCCUGCUGGCAGCCUCACUCUUAACUUUCUGGACCCCGCCCACCACUACCCAGCUCUCUAUUGAAACGGUGCCACCCCUUGCUGCAGAAGGAUCCAAUGUCCUGCUACUUGCCCACAACGUGACAGAGAAAACUCUACGCUAUUCCUGGUACAGAGGAGAAAGGGUGGAAACCAUCCAGCUAAUUGCAUCAUACGGAGUAGCCACUAAUUUAAUUACCAAUGGGCCUGAACACAGCGGUCGGGAGACACUUUACCCCAAUGGAACCCUGCUGAUCCAGAACAUCACCCAGAAAGACACAGGAUCCUACACCCUGCUCAUUUUAAAGUUUGAUUUAGAGACAGGACAGACUGGAAGCCUCCACGUACACCACCCAGUGGCACAGCCCUCCCUCCAAGCCAGCAACACCACAGUCGCAGAACAUGAGGGUCCCGUGGUCCUGACCUGCCUCACAGAUGAGACUGGGGUCUCCAUACGCUGGUUUUUCAAAGGCCAGAGUCUCCUCCUCACAAGGGGGAUGACACUGUCCCUGGACAAUAGCACCCUCACCAUAGACCCUGUCAGCAGAAAAGACACCGGGGAUUAUCAGUGUGAGGUCUCCAACAGGGGCAACUCCAGCAAAAGUGACCCCCUCAGGCUGCAUGUGAAAUGUAAGUCGUUUCUGGAGCAGAAGUUUUCCUCACAGAGAGGGACACAGCAGACAGCAGGCACCAUGGAGCCUCCCUCAGGCCCUGCCCGCAGAGGGUGCGUCCCCUGGAACAGGCUCCUGCUGGCAGUCUCACUCUUAACUUUCUGGCCCUUGCCCACCACUGCCCAGCUGACUAUUGAAGUGGUGCCCCCACUUGCUGCAGAAGGAUCGAAUAUUCUUCUACUUGCCCACAACGUGACAAAGAAUCCUCUAGGCUGUUCCUGGUACAGAGGAGAAAGGGUAGAAAACAGCCAGCUAAUUGUAUCAUAUAGACCAGACACUAAUGUAACUACCAAAGGGCCUGCACACAGCGGUCGGGAGACACUGUACCCCAAUGGAACCCUGCUGAUCCAGAACGUCACCCAGAAAGACAUAGGAUCCUACACCCUGCUCAUUACAAAGUUUGAUUUACAGACAGAAAGACAGACUGGACACCUCCACGUACAUCCGGUGCUACCCACACCUGUCAUCACCAGCAACAACUCCAAGCCCUGGGAGCACGAGGACACUGUGGUGUUAAUGUGUGGACCUGAGACCCAGAACACCUCCUACAUGUGGUGGAUCAACAAUCAGAGCCUCCCCAACAGCACGAGGCUGGAACUGUCUGAGGACAAGAGGACUCUCACUGUGUUCAAUGUGACAAGGAAAGACACAGGGCCCUAUGUGUGUGAAGCCCGGAACCCAGUGAGUGUCCGUCGCAGUGACCCAUUCACCCUGCAGGUCCUCUACCCAGUGGCACGGCCCUCCCUCCAGGCCAGCAACACCACAGUCGCAGAACAUGAGGGUCCCGUGGUCCUGACCUGCCUCACAAAUGAGACUGGGGUCUCCAUACGCUGGUUCUUCAAAGGCCAGAGUCUCCUCCUCACAAGGGGGAUGACACUGUCCCUGGACAAUAGCACCCUCACCAUAGACCCCGUCAGCAGAAAAGACAACGGGGAUUAUCAGUGUGAGGUCUCCAACAGGGGCAACUCCAGCAAAAGUGACCCCCUCAGGCUGCAUGUGAAAUAUAAGCCGACACCCGAAAGUUCCUCUGACCUCUCAGCUGGUGCCAUUGUCGGCAUCGUGAUUGGAGCUGUGGCUGGGGUGGCUCUGAUAGCAGCCCUGGUGUAUUUUCUGUACAUCAGAGAAACUAGACGGGCAACUGACCAGCGCGAUCUCACAGAGCACAAAUCCUCAGAUCACAACCACAGUCAAGGACACUCUGACAGUUCACCUGAAAAGGUUAAUGAAGUUGAAUAUUCCUCCGUGAACUUCAAUGCCCAGGAAUUAAAAAAGAAAACAACUUCAGCCUCCCCAUCUCCAACACAUACAGAAACAAUUUAUUCAGAAGUGAAAAAACAGUAAUGGAACCUGUCCUGCUUGUUCCACUGUUGACUUAUUCCAGGCUUCUCCACCCCAACCCUAGGAGAUCCCCCUGCCCUCAGGGAAAAUGAGGAGAGAGUCUUCCCCCAGCUCCUUCCACCCCUAAUGAGGCUCCUCCAGGCUGCCUGGUCACAGCCCCUUCCUUCAGUGUCAGUGGAUGAAAAGGCACAUCCAUGAGGAGGUCUGUAGGAAACCAAAACUUCCUCGUCAUUGAAAUCUAGCAACGCGGACCCUGGGAGAAAGUUGCCAGAAGCUCUGCCUCUCCCCAUUUGCUGACCUAGACCAGUUGUAAACUUGUGUAUUCAGAACACAUUCAUUCCUUCCCACCUCAGUCCUAUUGGAGUCUAACAUGAAUUUGCCAUAACCUGGAGAAGUAUUUCUUAUCCACUGAAAUGUCUGUGCCAGAAAAGAAGAGCAAGGAGAAGGAAAAUGAAGAGCUUCUGCACUCUGAAGCCCAGUGUGAACCCACCAUUCACAGGAAGACACAUACAUGACCAGCUCUGAGCUGGGAAGUUCUACACCUUUGUCCACUUUCAGGGUUGUCUACCUGCAUGAUCAGGGACUAAACAACUUACUACUUAGCUAGAAUACCAUCUAAACCUUUGAAAGCAUGCCUUCAGAGAACCCACUAGAAGCAACUAGAAAACAACUUCUCAGCAUUCGUAAGUGUAUCUUGAUGGAAACUGCAAAAACAAACAAAAACACACAUACUGUUUUAAUAAUACUAUGGGCUUUAUUCAAGGAAUGCCGGGAGAUUGAGGGGUCAUCAGUUUAUGGGGCAGUCAGCUCUUACGAGAUACAAUCUGCUGGGAUUGGGGAAAGGACUCAGAAAACUACCCUGCAGAGAUUAUUUAAAUAAUGGUCAAAGAAUGUACAAUUUGGGGGUAUUGGUUGUUUUCUCCCUUCCUUCUGAGACAUUCUGCCAUUUUAACUUUUGUAACUGCUUGUUUAUGUGAAAGGGGUUCUGUUUAAUUUGCUGCAUAAGCCAAUCUGACCACUUCAGGGGGAAGAGCCUACCAAAGCCCCUCAUGUCCCUCUGGCCAUGAGCUCCCUAAGCCUUUUGUGUCAGGGGCUCCGCACAGAAAAUAAGAAGUAGCAGUUGUCUACCUUCACGACCAGAAAUGGGUCUCACUCCAUUUCUAGGCAUCUCAGGCCAGUCAUCAACCCCCUUCUCUUCCGUGUUCCCGCCUGUGCCUGUUCUGUCCGUCUGCCCUGCUUACCUUCUCAGGACGCCUUCUUGAGAAGCAGGAGCGCCCUGAAGGGAACUCGGCCUCUUGUGCUGUUAGUAUUGUUUACAACCCAGGAGACCGCACUGGUGCGCACGCUCCUUAGGACACAAGGUGCAGAUUAAGACUCAGCCCUGGGUUUCUUGAAGAGCCUCUGGGAUUCUUCUCCCAUGGGGUGCACGGGACCCAAUGUGUCGGCACAGUAAGGGAGGACAGGAGGAGGAGAGGUGCACCUGCUUUCCAUCAGCCUUCUGCACAGACGGGACCUCCUUGGGCUGCUGAGAGAAAGGCUUUAUUCCACGUUCAUGACGGACCUCCUGCUGUGUGGAACUGGCCCCCGAGAGGGGUGGCUGGGAGCGCUCUGUACUCAGGUACCUCUUUCAAGGUUUCCUCACCCUGAUACAGACUGUGUACACCUCCCCUCAUGCAAGCACUUCUGCAUAAUUUAAUUUUGCCUGGCUGAGGCCACUUCUGAAUGAUUUGUAAAAAUUGCUCUAUAUUUAUAAUAAAUAUUGUGUAUCAGAUAUUAA